ACGUACAGAUCAGUCAUUACUUACAAGUCUUAAAACUCGGAUAUAAAACUUAAGUCUUAGCUUUUUAAAAAAUUUUUUUGUUAACUUAUUAAUGUACCGGUGACUAAGAAUGUGACCAUAAGCAUCACAAAAUGUAUAUUUCGACAUUGAAUUUUUUUUAUCUGAUAAACAUUUGCUCGAGUGAUAGAUAGCCAACUAAACCAGGAGUGGCUUGAUAUGAUAAGCAACAGAGUCUGUCCCUAUGCCACCACACUCUGGAUUCCGUAAAAUCAAUCACAUCUAAAUGUUUUAUAUAUAUUUUUAAUUUAUUAUUUAUAUAUAUUUAUGAACUGAGUAAUGUCUUCAUCGUCUUUGGGCAUCAUCAAUGAUGCUUGCACCAGUUUUGAUAAUAAUGGACAAGGUAAACUUUUACCGAGAAAAAAAAAUGAAAAAUAUAGUUCAACAUAUGUACAACACAAUCGCUUAUCAAGAUAUACUACAGCACUUGCUAAUUGCGUACCUGUGAGAUUUAAAAAAGUUCCAGGAUCUGAAAUUCCUCUAGAUAAAAUAGGAUUGCUGUCAAGUGUAUCAUUUAGCUGGAUAAAUGAAUACAUUACUGAUGGUUACAAAAAUGGAUUACGAGAUAAACCAUUGCCUAGUAUUUCUACUCAAGAAUCUUGUCAAGUAAAUGGCUCCAGGAUAGAUACCUUGUGGCAUAAUCAUGUCGUCGAGAGAGGACAAGCUGGUGCAUCGGUACCUAAAAUCGCAUGGCAUUUUGUCAAAACCCGCGUACUUGUCAGCUCAUUUAUUUACUUCCUAGGAAUGUUCAUUGCACUCUCCAGCCCCAUAAUUGUAUUGCAAAAGAUAAUAAUUGCGACUGAGGAUCGGGUUAACGUGACUUACAAGCAAAAUACCAGUUUGUCUAAUUCAAUGAUUGUCAAUGCGACAAAAAUAAAUUUAACUGCCAAUAAUUAUUCGAAUAAUUUAAAACAUGAAAUAAUGAUAGAUCAAGUUAUUAUUUUUAGUCAUAUCGGUAUUUUGAUAACAGCUGAAGUUAUUUCAUAUUUUUUAAUUGCCUGGAGCGCAUCGUUAAAUCUUAGAACGGCUACGAGAUUAAGAUCUGCAUGUUUGACUCUGGCGUACAAAAAAUUGAUCAAAUCAUCAGUACGAUUCAAAGCUCCGGUUCAUCAGACGUUGACGUAUUUUGUACCAGACAGCAAAACUCUUUACGAAUUAAUAACAAAUGGACCGCUGAUAUUUUCCGGCCCUUUGAUUUUAUUGAUAUCGUCUCUGUACAUCUGGUACUCGAUGGGACACUGGGCGCUUAUAGGAAUCGCAACUUUAAUUAUUUUAUAUCUAAGCUUGAUAUUGAAUGCUUAUUUGACAAAUCUUUUUGCAACACGUGCCAUGAAUUACUCACUGAGACGGCUGUCUUUGCUCGAAGAGUUUAUCAACAAAAUUUAUUUUGCAAAAAUUAUCCAGUGGGACAGAUGUUUUGUGUCCCGGAUUCAAGGAGUUCGUAAGAAGGAAUUGGGAGAGAUUAAAUUGGGCGCACUCAGCGAAGGCUGCAGUCUGUGUAUGGUUCACGUUAUUCCAAUAGUUACUGUCAGCGUUAUGACAAUGGCUUAUUUAUUUACUCAUCAGCAAAUUAUUUCAGUCAACUAUAUUCCAUGUUUGAUUUUAAUUCUUAUAAAUUUAAAACACUGUGUGAGAAGUAGCUGGUUAGCAAUGAGUAGUAUUUCACAUGGUUUGGCAUCACUGAAUAAAUUAAAAACAGUAUUGAUAUUAAAAGACUCUGAUCGUUAUACUGACAAACCGAUUGAUAAAAACUACGCAAUCACUAUUAAUUCUGGGCAUUUUUCCUGGGAUUAUAAUAAUAAUAAUAUUAAUAAUAAACGUCAUACAUCUUAUUCCGUCGAGAGUGACAAUAUUUAUGUAGGAGCAACUUUUAAAGCUUCAUUGUCACCAGAAUUGAUAGACAUAAAUUUUUAUGUGCCUAAAGGAAAAUUGAUAGGAAUAUGCGGAGCUUCUGGAAGUGGAAAAUCAUCGUUACUGCUGGCAAUAAUGGGCCAACUGAAUCGCAUUAAUGGCCAGGUUACUAUUGACGGUAACAUGUCAUAUGUACCAGAAGACUUUAAUUUAUUUGAAGGAACUCUAAAAGAGAAUAUUGUGAUGAACGAAAGUUUUGACUCCUCGUGGUAUUACAAGAGUAUACAGGCUUGCAAUUUGACCAACGACAUAAGUUUGCUUCCAGGAUCAGAUGAUACUGACGUGCAUACAGUAGAGCUGACGAUGAUCCAGAAGCAAAAAAUCGCGUUGGCACGAGCAGUUUACGCGAAUCGCGACAUAAAUUUACUGGACAACCCUCUCAGGGAUUCAGACGUGAUUGAGAGCUUAGAAAUUUUUGAUAAAGCUAUUGUUCAAGUUCUUGGACUCAAAAGUGUUGUCAUAAUUACUGACAAAGUCCAAUAUUUAGAGAGAUGCGACUUGAUUUAUAUUAUGAAAAAUGGUAAAGUCGUGGAGCAUGGUACGCAUGAAGAGCUGUGUCAGUGGAACAAAGAGUAUGACGAGUUGACUAAAUCAUUUGGCAAAAAAUUUCGUGAUAAUUCGCGUCAACUUCUUGUCGACUCGGGAAUUAAAAAUAAAGGACUUAGUUUAGCGACAGCUGCAGCUAUUUCUUCAAGUGAUUUGAAUUUAAAGUUAAGCAGAGAAGAAAAAGAUUUUGAUGAAACGACAAAAGGAAUUUACGGAAUACGAGCUAUCGACUAUCGUGCUGGCGGAAAAUGUCUCAGUGAAUUUGUCUGUGCGAUGGCUUUGCUUUAUUCUAUUCCCAUUGCCGCUAGUCCUCUUAUUUUUUUUUACAUAUCUCAGAAAACUCUGGUCAAUACAACACACAUCGCCAUUAUUUUAGCGUCAGUCGUAGGAUUUAUCAUCGCUUUAGGUCUUACUUUGACAUUUAUUUACAACAAAGACAUAUUCAAUGCUGCUAAAAAUAUGCACGAGAGAUGGCUGAAAAAAAUAAAUCGAGCGCAUAUAUCGAUAUUUUCAACGGUAUCUUCUUCUGCAUUGAUAAAUAUCUGCAGCCAUGACUUACAAGAAGUGGAUUACACAUUGCCCAAGUUAAAAAUAACAAUACUUAUGCACUUUGGAAUAAGUUUAUUUACUACAACGAUCUUGGGGAUAAUUUGUCCCUGGUUGUUAUUACCGAUGGCAAUAUUUAUCACCAUAAUAAUAAUUUACCAGUUUUACAUCCGGAAAUUGGUAAUCGCGCUCAACGAAUCGAGAAUAGAAUCGGUAACGCCAAUUUAUAAUCAUGUUGUAAGUACCGUCAAUGAAAGAAUAACGAUUCAGGCGUACAGAAAAGAGAGAGAUUUUGCUAAAAAAUUUUACAAAUACUGCGACGCAAAUACUACCUAUGACUUUAUGCUAAAAGCGACCAAGUUGUGGAUGGAGUACAGAAUAAAACUUAUUUCUGCGGUUACUCUGGCUGCGGUGAUUAUAAUUUGCGCGGCAGUAAAUGGCGUCAAAGAUCGGUAUCAAGUAUUGGGACUGGGUUUUAUUUGUACGAUUCAAUUGACUCAGAGUCUGGUUCAUCUUACUGCUGCUAUAAUUGAUGUGCACGGAAGCCUUAUGAUCGUUGGCUUUGUAGAUAAUUAUAUUCAGAAUAUACCGCAAGAAAUAAAUGAUAAUAAUGAUAGACGUGAAUGGCCACUGAUACCAAGUAUACAUUUUCAGAAUGUUUUAUUGAUAAAUUCGACGGAUCAUGAGCCAUUUAAUUUUUCAAUUUACGCUGGGGAAAAAGUCGCAAUACACGGCAGUAAUACAGAAUUAAAAAGUCAUUUAGUAAAAGUACUGCUGCAAUUUGAUCAAGUAUUUUCAGGAAAUAUUUUAAUAGGAAAUUUAAAUAUCGUGGACAUAAAUAUUGAUGUACUGAGACAGUAUGUCGAUUACAUACCUCGAGUACCUAUUCUUUUUAAUGGGACAAUAAAAUACAAUUUAGAGCCGCAUAACCGUCGUACGGACAAAGAAAUAAUAGAGGCGUUGCAAAAAGUAUUUUUGUGGGAAAAAAUAUCAAAGCUUGAUUACAAGUUGGACAGCAGCGCGGGUAACUUGUUUAAUGUUACUGAAAAAAAAUUAUUGUCACUCGCUCGUAUUUAUCUCAACUCGACUGCCUUCAAUCGAAGCAUUAUAAUUAUUGAAGAUCUGGAACCAGACUCCGAAUUGAUAAAUAAUAUUUUACAAGAUGUAUUUAAAGACUUUACAAUAAUUGUAUUAGCAAGUUCAUUAAACUGGAAUGCACAGCGAAUUAUUAAAUUAAAAAAUACAAAGGAAACAGGAACAUCGAAGGCUAGUAAUUUAUUGAGUUGUAAAAAAAAAUAAAUGUUCAAUAUAUUUUAUCAACAGCUACCUGA